GCUGAACCAUUCAAUAUCUUUUGAAGCAGCGUUCCCAUUCGAUAAGAUCACAAUGCUACAAUUUACGUGGGUACUGGUUUUUCUCACCAUUAGUGGUGUUAUUAGUGAGACACCACAAGACAACAGGGAUGUUGAUAUUGUCGAGCAUCCGUAUAUAGUGUCAAUUCAAUAUAGCAAUAAACACAAAUGCGGUGGCGUUAUACUUGAUGAAUAUAACAUCAUUACGUCGGCUCAAUGCGUUCCACGCUAUGAGCAUGCCUGGAAUGUUAUGAACAUUAUAGCCAUAGUUACAGGAACGCAUACUCUUAAAUCUAGCGGCCAUCGUUUUCAUGUCAAAGAAACAUUUUCUCAAAAUUAUACCCCAACUGCCAUUGGUAUGAUUAAGCUUUCUAUGCCAAUUAAAUUCGGAACUACUAUGCGAUCGAUAAAUUUGUCUUCGACCAAAGUACCACCGGGCGCGACUCUGCAGAUGGUUGGAUGGAUUGAGAGUGAAGGGGAACACAAUCUUAAGAAAGUCACAUUAAGAGCGAUAGAAUGCCAGUCAACCCACGAGGAACACUUCUCUGAUCAUGAAUUUUGUACUGUGUCAGAAUCAGACGAUAUUUGCAAGAGUGAUAGCGGCAGUGCUUUGAUUUACGAAGGUAAACUUGCUGGUUUGAGCACGAGAGUUCCAUGCAAAGAACUUCGCAAGCUGAAUGUCCACCGUGAUCUAAGCCAAGAGCAGGAAUAUAUUACAAAAAUUUUACAUACAUCUUAAACCACCCUAUAUUUCUUAAUUAACUUUUAUUUUCAAUACGAAGCUUAAAAACGACUAACACCUAUAAGUGUAAAAGAAUUAAAUUGUAUUAUAAUUGGGUAACAAACGAGUAGGCGAAUUAUAUUUAUGUCUCAUGUAAUAAUAAUUCGUAAUAUCAUUACGAAUAAUAAUUCGUAAUUGAAAUUAGCUUAUUAAUAAAAAUUAACUUGCACAAUGUAAAA